CGGCGGACCGGACGACCUCUCCUUCGUCACUUCCUGCCGGCACGCGGUUUCCGGAGGGAACGAGAAGCCAGACGAAAGAUUGUGUUUAUGAUCCGGAGAACAGACUUCUGAAGAAUUGUGGCUCAGAUUUCCUUUCAAACUACUUGAAGAGAGAUCACAGCUUUCCCAGACUACAAGAAAAAAAUAUGGAAUGUGUUGUAGCACUGACUGAGCCUAACCAAAUGAACUGUACUGGCAGAAGUUUGAAAACCAGCGGUUGACAACUCCUUCAGACUUCAACAUUGCCCAGCACUUUCGAGAACAGACUCUCUGUUUACAAGAACUCUUGGCCUCCCAAAGUCAGCAACCUCAAAUUUUGUUUAUUUAAAAUACUUCUGCAAAAGAAAAGUACCCCAGAGUCCAUUUUCCAAAAUGGCUAUGGAUGAGUAUUUGUGGAUGGUCAUUUUGGGUUUUAUUAUUGCUUUCAUCCUGGCAUUUUCAGUUGGUGCAAAUGAUGUCGCCAACUCCUUUGGCACCGCGGUAGGCUCUGGCGUGGUGACCCUGAGACAGGCAUGCAUCCUGGCCUCAAUCUUUGAAACCACCGGCUCUGUGCUAUUGGGAGCAAAAGUGGGAGAGACCAUCCGGAAAGGCAUCAUUGAUGUGCACCUCUACAACAAGACUGUGGAAAUCCUCAUGGCCGGGGAAGUGAGUGCAAUGGUUGGUUCAGCCGUGUGGCAGUUGAUCGCGUCUUUCCUGAGACUUCCAAUCUCGGGAACUCACUGCAUAGUUGGUGCCACCAUUGGCUUCUCGCUCGUGGCGAUUGGUACGAAAGGAGUGCAGUGGAUGGAGCUCGUCAAGAUUGUGGCUUCCUGGUUUAUAUCCCCACUUCUUUCUGGCUUCAUGUCUGGUGUGCUGUUUGUACUGAUCAGAAUGUUCAUCCUGACGAAGGAGGACCCUGUUCCAAACGGUCUCCGGGCACUUCCUCUGUUUUAUGCUGCUACUAUAGCAAUAAAUGUCUUUUCCAUCAUGUACACAGGAGCACCAGUGCUGGGCCUGUCGCUUCCCAUAUGGGCCAUAGCGCUCAUUUCCUUUGGCGUUGCUCUGCUCUUUGCCUUCUUUGUGUGGCUCUUCGUGUGUCCAUGGAUGAAGAGGAAAAUAGCAGGCAAAUUAGAAAAGGAGAGUGCCCUGUCCCGCACCUCUGAUGAAAGCCUCAGGAAAGUCCAGGAAGCGGAGUCCCCUGUCUUUAAGGAGCUCCCAGGUGCCAAAGCCAAUGAUGACAGCGCUGCCCCCCUCACUAACCUGUCUGGGGAGGCUGGGGGAACCUCGGAAGGCACAUCAACAGGGAACCACCCCCGGGCUUCCUAUGGACGGGCACUUUCCAUGACUCACGGCUCUGCAAAGUCACCCAUCUCCAACGGCACGUUUGGCUUUGAAGGCCACAUGCGGAAUGACGGUCAUGUCUAUCACACCGUACACAAAGACUCGGGGCUCUACAAAGACUUGCUGCACAAAAUCCAUGUAGACAAGGGCGCCGAGGAGAAGCCAGCUCAGGAGAACAACUACAGGCUGCUCCGGAGGAACAACAGCUACACGUGCUACACGGCGGCCAUCUGUGGCAUGCCGGUGCACGCCACCUUCCGAGCCUCGGACAGCUCCUCCGCCCCUGAGGACAGCGAGAAGCUGGUGGGCGACACCGUGUCCUACUCCAAGAAGAGGCUUCGCUACGACAGCUACUCUAGCUACUGCAACGCAGUAGCGGAGGCGGAGAUUGAGGCUGAAGAGGGUGGUGUGGAAAUGAGGCUGGCCUCUGAGCUGGCCGACCCUGACCAGCCUCACGAGGACCCCUCGGAAGAAGAGAAGGAGGAGAAGGACACUGCAGAGGUCCACCUGCUGUUCCACUUCCUGCAGGUCCUCACUGCCUGCUUUGGGUCCUUUGCUCAUGGUGGCAAUGAUGUGAGCAAUGCUAUUGGUCCCCUUGUGGCCUUGUGGCUGAUAUACGAACAAGGUGGAGUCAUGCAAGAAGCCGCUACUCCGGUCUGGCUGCUGUUUUAUGGAGGAGUUGGGAUCUGCACGGGUCUCUGGGUUUGGGGGAGAAGAGUGAUCCAGACCAUGGGGAAGGACCUCACGCCAAUCACACCGUCCAGUGGCUUCACUAUUGAGCUGGCCUCUGCCUUCACGGUGGUGAUUGCCUCCAACAUUGGACUUCCUGUCAGCACCACGCACUGCAAGGUGGGCUCGGUGGUGGCCGUGGGCUGGAUCCGCUCCCGCAAAGCUGUGGACUGGCACCUCUUCCGGAACAUAUUCGUGGCCUGGUUCGUGACCGUCCCCGUGGCUGGCUUAUUCAGUGCUGCUAUCAUGGCUCUCCUCGUGUAUGGAAUCCUUCCAUACGUGUGAUUUUGUUUCCUCCAGUCGGCAAAUGGCCAUAGGGAUAGUCUAGCGUGGGUAUGCGCAUUCACACGUCCCGACCCUACUCCCUUUGGCACACACACGCCCCUCCCACAUACCUUCCAGAUGGCGUCGUGCCAUACACUGCUUACCCUGGCUGCAGACGCCCGUCCCCCAGAGCUACCCUAACUACUGUCCAUAGCAGCAUCCAUCAGCCUGACGGCGUGAGGGCACACUGUGGUGCGGUUACUCACAGGAGAUACACACUGUGUACCUUGCAUAGGCAGCAUCUGUUGCAAACAGACUCAGAGAGCGCACAGGAUUGCCCAGGACGCAAUAUUCUGUUAACUGUAUAUAAUGGCUUCAGUGCUGGCGAGUGGAGAUUUGAAAGUCCUUUUUUAAACACACUGUAAUAUAAGUGAUGCAGUAUACUUAAUGCAAACCUGGGCAAGUUCUCAGGCCCGCGCGUGAUUGCAUAAUGCUGGGAUAGGUGUUCGCACGUGCUUUCUCUGAGUGUGUUCAUGAGCUGUGUAUGAGUUACUGUGUAAUGUACCACAACUGCUUUUUGUAAAUACUGAAACUGUAAUUUUAAUGGUAUGCUUCCCUGACACUUUUUUGAUUGGAGAAUUUUGGAUAGUACCAAAGAAAUAGGGAUAACUUGCCAGUAUUCUAUCUUCAUGUUGUUUGUUUCCCUUCCCACCGGCCACCGCGGUGAAGCUGGUGCUCCACCCAGGCUAGUUGGCAGCUCAGCCCGAGCGUGUGUGGUUGGAAACACCAGCCACCUACCAGCAAGAGCCACACCGCAGCCACACCAGAUCCUGGGGUAGGUUCAUUCAGUGGCUUUCACGGUCACCAGCGUGGGUAACAUACAGCAAUGGGGGUGUAUAUUUAAACACUACAUACAUAUCAAGUCCAGUUCCAGUGUUCCUCCCUGUUCUGUCUGCCCUGUGGCCUGAAAAGCAGAAUUCAUGUCACAAACAUUUUGAUGGACUUGGAUGCUGCAAAACUCAGGGCUGAGUGGGAGGUAUUGGGAAGGACGCUGGGCUUGGGGAUCUUUGAGGCCUUUACUAUGUAGAACAUGCGUGGUUCUCCUGUAGAGCGGUUCUUUUCUGCACAGGAGAGUCAGUAUGACUAAAAUGUUAAGAGCCUGAAACCAUGGAAAUGCUGCUAAUAUUUUUAUAUUGACAUACAUUUUCACGGUACUUCAUUGUAAUUUUUUCAUUAAUCAACCAUAUUAAAUUUAUAAUAAAAAAGUACCCCUCAAAAGUUUA